AUGGUUGAUCUACCACCGCCAUCCUCCCUCUCACCGACCGACCUUUCCCUUCCAACUGUCUUCGGCGUCGCUGCCCUCGAUCUCUACUCCGGCGUGAUUUCCGGCGACAACCAGUCCUGGUGUGGCUUCUCCGAUGGACAAUCUUGGAAUGCCGGCGUACUUUGUCUUUAUUUAUCCGGCUAUCAACCUCUGUUGCUUGCGUUCGUGUUUCCAACCAGAAAUCUUUCGGACGACUUGCUCCUCCCACUACCCCACAUCAUCGAUGUUCUCUUCUCAGAAUCACCAUCUCUCUCCGAUGAUCCUGCUCCCCUCGCCGUAGGCUCUUCCCACGGCGUUCUCUGCUAUGGCGGUCUGAACGAUGCAGAUCUGCUUCUAACGCCUAUUGGGGUGCACAAAUUUUGGGCUCGGCCCAGUAAAGAUUUUCCCAAUCCAGCACAGCAGUCAUUUAUUCCUUGGGCCCAACUGAUACGGGCCUGGCCCAUCCAGACCAUUGAGGGUCUUUUCUCAAACUGGCUCCUCUACGACCCAUCAACGGAAUCUUUUCAGCUUCCUUAUGUUCUUGGUGUCCAUAGCCGACUUGCCGAGAUGCUUUCAUCCCAUUCUUUGUGGUGUAUGUUUAACAUCUCAACCUCCUCCAGUGGCAUGGAUUGA